CUGGGGCGAUCUGAUACUCUAUCUCUCUGCGAAGAUCUUUUACCAGACCAGGACUAACAGUAGGGCUAACCCUGAAGUCGAUCUCGCAGCCCAGGGCGGUGACGUCGUCAGCGUCGAGCUCCCUUAAACUGGGACAAACAACAAAGACGGCCUCAGCCCUACCGUGGAGGCCAUCUUCCUUCAUCCCACCUCGUGGAUAGUGCCCCAUGACCUAUCUUGUCGUGUUGCGCCUGAAGCCUUGACUCAAUGGCUUCGACAUCUCAAAAUACCCUCCAGGGCAGCUUCGACGUCGACUAUGUCAUCCGCUACCGCUUCGCUGACAUCGAUCCCUCGGAAGCUGCUCAACAGCUCGAGUGCCUGCUGCGUGCUCUGACCGAGGUUGGAUUGCAGACGGAAGUCCGUCACGGCGAUGAGACAUCACUGUUAGUCUUCGUCCGAGCAGCCAAGCGAAGACUGGGCAAGGCCAUCCACAGAUCGAGAGUCCGUGACUGGCUUUAUGGUGUCCGUAACCAGGAGCCCGAUGCUUCCAGUGUGACCGAGCCCCAGACGGAAGCAGAGCGCCUCCGCGUUAUUUAUCAAUUGAUCACCUUUCCACAGGAAGAAGGCGGUGCUGACAUUACACCGAAGCAUGGGGUGUGGAAGAAUGUUGAGUCGAUCUUUGCCUUGCAUGAUGAUGAGACGAAUCGGAAAUGGAUGCGAGAUUGGAGUCAGAAGACACUGCUCACCAAAGAAGAUCUUGAUCAGAUCAGGAACAAGUUUGGGGAGAAGGUUGGCUUCUACUUCGCUUUCUUGCAAUCGUACUUCGCAUUCUUGGUCUUCCCCGCGGCGUUUGGUUUCUCGUGCUGGCUCUUGCUCGGACAUUUCUCCGUGAUCUACACUAUCGGAAACUGUCUGUUCUGUCUCGUCUUUGUCGAGUACUGGAAACGCCAAGAGACGGAUCUCAGUAUUCGUUGGCAGACCAAGGGUGUUUCUGUUUUGUUGACGAGAAGACGAGAAUUCAAACCCGACAAGGUGGUCACGGACGAGGUGACGGGCGAAAAGAAGUAUAUCUUUCCGGCGACCAAACGACUCUCCCGUCAACUCCUACAGGUGCCAUUUGCGUUCCUCGCUGUCACUGCCCUGGGAGCCAUCAUAGCCACAUGUUUUGCGAUCGAGAUCUUCAUAUCUGAGAUAUACAACGGCCCGCUCAAGACCUACCUGGUGUUUAUACCCACCAUUCUUCUCUCCGCCCUAGUGCCUACAAUCAGCGCCGUUUUGGUCAAUGUGGCCACAAGGCUCAAUGACCUGGAGAACUACGAGACGCAGGAGAGCUAUGAUGUGGCUUUGACGCGGAAGAUCUUCGUGUUGAACUUCAUCGUCUCCUACCUUCCGAUUAUCCUUACGGCUUUUGUUUACGUCCCAUUUGCCCGCCUUAUCGUUCCCUAUCUUGACGUAUUCCAAUUGACUGUUCGCCCCUUUGUCUCCAAAGACGAGGUCCAGGCCGUGACGGAGUUCCAUAUCGACCCGGACAGGCUGCGGAAGCAGGUCAUUUAUUUUACGGUCACAGCCCAGAUUGUCAACUUCGCAAUGGAGACCAUUGUGCCAUAUGCCAAGCGGAAGCUCUUCCUCAAGUACAAGGAGUACAGUGACGAACGGAAGAACGGAACUCCCGGCGGCAAAGGCGAGGAACAGGAGCAGAAGUUGAAGGCAACAUUCGAUGACCCGCCCGAGGAAGAGGAGUUUCUGGUUCGUGUACGCAGGCAGGCAGAGCUGAGCGAGUACGAGGUCACGGAUGACUUGCGUGAGAUGUGUAUCCAGUUCGGCUACCUGGCGCUCUUUUCUCCAGUCUGGCCGCUGGUUCCGGUUUCGUUCCUGAUCAACAACUGGGUCGAACUGCGGGGCGACUUCUUCAAAAUCUGCAAAGAGUGCAGGCGGCCGACCCCAGAGCGGACCGAUACUAUCGGACCGUGGUUGGAUACUCUAGGUCUCCUUUCUUGGUUGGGCAGCAUCACCAGUUCUGCACUGGUGUAUAUGUUCAAUGGAUCGGGCCCAGAAGGGACGCCAUCGCGCGUUCAGUUCUGGGCCCUGCUGUUGACCGUCUUCUUUUCCGAGCACCUCUACCUUCUGGUGCGAUCUGUUGUCGAGGCUGUGAUGGCCAAACUAGAGAUGCCAAGUAUCCGUCAGAAGAAGGCGGAAAUGUAUGUGCUACGCCGCAAGUACCUUCAGUCCGCAAUUGAUGCGGAGAAGGAGGCUACCACCGGCGACGAUGUUGAGGAGCCUGUCCUGCACGCUGGGGGUGAGAAGAUCACUCGCGAGUCGCUGGAGGAGGACGCUCGCGCGAGCACUUUGCGCGAUUCCACAGCCACGGACCGGUUCUGGGGUCGACAGCGAGGAUGGCAGGAGUCUGCGAAGCAAGGCGCCAGAAUUAUCCAGGCGCAGGCCACAAAGCCGGAAGUGAAGAAGGAGCAGUGAGCGACUCCGUCGAAGUUGCGGAUGCAUGUUCCGUAUCGAGCCGGACGUCCCCACAGUUUGCCUUGUCUCGAUGGGGUGCAGAUCAAGGAAUGAUACUGGAUGUAUGAAGCAAAGGACGUGUGUCGAUGCCAUUGUUGUUAUUAUUAUGUACCGGCUCAGAGUCUGUACAUUAUUGCUGUGUACGGGCCGUGUACGCAAUAAUGGGUCCUGUGCCUUUCCAUAUGGCCUCCACCCCACCUUCCCUCCUGCGUGCGUUUGUUGCCUAACUAGACCCGGUUGGUGUUUUGAACGUGUAGCAUAGAAUCGGCGGUAUU